AGCACCCGCAUUUGGGAACUAGAGUGUCUGGCUUCACAAUUUCCUUAUCUCUCUUCCUUAAUUCUCUUCCCCAUUUCAGGUGAACUGUGGCUUCUGACCACCCACUGUUGGUGGGGUGGGGUUAAAAGUUGAGAUGGGGCAAGAAGUUCCCAUGGAGAGUUCUGACAGAUGCAUUUCCCUGAACAGUGCUCUCAUGAGUAUCUGCUGCCUAGAGUUCUCCUGGCUGGGCAUGGCUACAUCCCAGGCUUUUUGUUUUCAAAGCCAUAGCCCAUGGUUUCUUAUAUCUCCUACCAGUGGUGACUGGUCCAUUGUCCCUUUAGAUAGUUUCUUUGGGCUUAACCUUUGUGUAUGUGCAUGUGCGCAUGUGGGAAUUGAAGUCUUUGAUGAAGAGAUUGACUUUUGAUGCAGCUUUUUAGAAUUAUUUGAUUUGUAUGAGUGUCUUGCCUGCAUGCAUGUAUGUGCAUCAUAUGUGUGCCCUGUGCCAGUGGAGCUCGGGAGCCAUUGGAUCCCUGGAACUGGAGUCACAGAUGGUUGGGAGUCACUGUGUGGGUGCUGGGAACAGAUGAGUCUUCUGUACGAGCAACAAAGUCUCUUCAUUGCUGAGCCAUCUCUCCUGCACUGGCUAUUGGCUUCUCAGAGCAUUGCAUCAGCAGCUCAAGUGGUGAGAUUACUCCCCUGUACUCAGUUUCUCUUCCACAUUGCCCUUCGGGUCUCCUUGAUGAACCCUUCUAGAAGGUGUUUUCCUACAGGAAGCUGCUGUGUGUGUCCAUCCAUUUUGGAAACAGUAUGGUGGGGACUAACUGUCUCAAAAGGAGCCAGCUUCAUACGCAUCAGCCUUGAUGUCAGAUCCUUAGCACAACCCACAGCGCUGUUCAGUAGCCCCAUGUUCUUCUCCCGCUGCAGCUUCAUCAGACCCUCCUGACCUUCCUAUGCCCCAGCUCACUCCUGCUCCCAUGAGAAGAGUGUUCUUCUCCCUCCCCGUUCGUCUGUCCAUCCAGCCUCCUGGCAUCUCAGAUGAGCAGCACUGCUGUAGAUGCCGCUAACCAGUCCCCAGCUGGUAGGAUGGCUGACCUGCUUUUCUGCGAGCCAACAGAACUCUAUAACAUCUUGAAUCAGGUCUCCAAGCUGUCCAGAUUGGCUGAGCCCAACUACCUCUGUUUACUGGAUGUCCGAUCAAAACGACAGUAUGACGAGAGCCAUGUGAUCACUGCCCUCAGAGUGAAGAAGCGAGAUCAUCAGUACCUCAUCCCGGAGUCCGUAGACCUGGAGUGUGUGAGAUACUGCAUCGUGUACGACAGCAACACCAGUUCCCUGGAGCUGUGCAUACGGCGGCAGCUGGAGGAGGAGGAAGAGGAGGAGGAGGUAGAAAGAGAGGACAAGGAGGAGGACACUGAACUCCUACCUGGACCUGCUGUGGAAUUUGGACAAAUCCUCAUUCACUUUACCCGCCAACCUGUCUAUGUCCUCAGAGGGGGCUAUGAAUGCUUCUCUGGCAUGUACCACUUCUUCCGGACUCAGAAGAUCAUCUGGAUGCCCCAGGAACUGGAUGCCUUCCAGCCAUACCCAGUUGAGAUACUUCCAGGCAGAGUCUACCUGGGCAAAAUCAGUCAAGCCUGCAAUGCUAAGAUGCACAAGGACUUGAAAAUUAAAGCACAUGUCAAUAUUUCCAUGGAGACAACACCCUAUUUUAUAGGCAAUGCAGACAAGCUCUUACAUAUCAAGCUUGAGGAUUCUCCAGACACCUUGCUUUUUGACUAUUUCCGCCACAUCUGUCACUUUAUAGAACUUCACCUCAGGCUCCACUCUGUCGUUCUGGUCUUUUCCACCCGGGGCAUCAGCCGCAGCGUUGCUGCUGUGGUGGCCUUACUCAUGCAUUAUAAUGAGGAGACGCUGAAGAGGUCCUGGGCCCAAGUGAAGAAAUGCAAAACCAACAUGCGUCCGAAUCGGGCCUUCGUGGCUCAGCUGCUGGAGUGGGAGAAAGUCCUCCAUGGGGAAUAUCUCACAGACAUCUCCGAGCCUAUCUACUGACCUUUGCCUGGAACGCAGCUAUGGUCACUGAGGAGUCUUGGUUGGGACUUUGGGGGACUGGGGAGCUGGGUUUGCACUUGGAGUGGUCCUGGAGAAGACCUUUGCUGCCUGGAGGUUCAUAUCUGCAUCUUAAGGCUGGUUCUGUUGUUGUUGUUUUUCUCCAAUACUGAGGAUUGAAGCUAGA